GCUCAGGCAGGCAGAGAAGCAGUGUCUGCAAUACUCCCCAGCUCACCAUGUCUGGCACAGGCACGGCUCUUCAUCUGGGAAGGGAAAAUUCUGAGCUGCAGCACCUGGGUGUGAAUGUGGGAAAAGGCAACCAGGCAUGAGCAAAACGCCACUAAAACUCAUCUGCUUCGUCCUCUGCACUCUGAUUGCAUCUAAUCUCACAGGACUUUUAGGUGAAGAUACUUCGCUGCCAGCACCUCGGAAUAUCUCUAUUCUUUCUACCAACAUGAAACAUUUCUUAAUGUGGAGUCCUGUGAUUGUCCAGGGAGAAACUGUGAGAUACUCUGUUGAGUUUCAGGGGGAGUAUGAACGAGAGUACGCUAACGAGAGCUGGAUCCCCAUCUGUGAGUGUUCCCUCAUCACAGUCACUGUAUGUAACAUCACAGAGGAUAUCUCAGCCACCGUGGCCUAUAACCUGCGUGUAAGGGCAGACAGUGGUGCUCGAAGAUCAGAGUGGGGCACCCUGAACGGUUUCUUCAUUCGAAACACAACUUCCCUGACCCCACCUCUGAUGAAGGCCGUAGCAGAUGGGUAUCAUUUACUAGUGGAGCUGGAAGACAUGGGACCCGCCUUUCAGUUCUGUGUUCUCUACUGGGAGAAAGGCCAGGAGAGAAGGAUGCAACAGAAGAUGGUGAAGGAGGUCAGCUCCACAAUUCAUCUGGCCACCAUGGACGCAGCAGCUGAAUACUGUGUAAAAGCCCAGACAUACGUUGAGGCAAUCAACAGAAGCAGUAGCUUCAGCCAAACACAGUGUGUGAGGGCACAAGGCAGCAGAUCCAUGUGGCGCAUCACCGUCCUUCUGUCCUCUGCUGGCUUUGCUGUGGCUGCCUUGACUCUGCCUUUCCUUGCCUGGAAAACAAGAAAAAUCUUCCAGUAUUCCUGCUACCCCAUUGCUGUCCUGCCAGACACACUGAAGGUACCAGAGCCCCCCACCCAGCUGAUAUUGCACAGGAGGGAAGAAGCUGAGCAAUGUGAUCUGAUGGUGCACGUGAUCCCCUCAGAAGAGGUUCCCUGCCUGUGGAUUCAAGAAACACUUUAGAGCAUCCUGUAAAAAAGACUUCUACAGACCAGGCAGAAUGUGCUUCAGUGUCUUCAGAGUGCCAACAAGGAACUGUUCUCUUUGUGCCAAGUCUGCUGCAAGGAAGCAUUCUGUAUGAACACAUGGCCAACUCUCAUCCUCUUCCUAACUUCAUCCAUUCACAGAAAAGCCAGAAAGGGCCCCAGGUGACAGCUGCCAGUUUCUGUACUUCUUCUUCAUACCCAUACCUAUGAGCAGACAUGGGUUAACUCAUGUUUCCUUCACGGUCACAUCAAUGGCCCACACUUCAGCCACCAGGAUUUCACCAGAGCAAUGUACAUAGAGCUCAGUCCCUGAGUCCCAAACCACUUCACUAUCAGUAAUUUUACCUCAGAUGUUUUGUUUUUUUUUUAAAGAAAUGAACCUGCCAGUAAGAGUUCCUUGCAUGGCUAAAACAGCUGGAACAAACAGAUAUAAAAUGCUGUCAGGGCUGCAGCCCCUGGACAUGAGAUGAGAAUUUGUUCCAUAUGACACAUACCAACAUAUGAUGCCAUAGAGGAGAAAGAUAGUUGAGUUGUUUAAGUGGGAGGUGACUGGAGCUGAAAAAGCAGGGGGAAAGUAGACUCAAGAAUGGGGGAAAGAAGCAGAAAGAGGGAAAGAUGCACAUCAUGCAGUCAGGACCAUUUGGGUGCAAGCUGGGCAGCCCCAUGGUUCAGCACCACAGCUGAAGCAGGCUGCUGACUGCAUCAAGCACAGCAAACCUGAUUUUGUGGCCAGGAGGGCUGGGGGGAUCAACACGAAUGCUUUCAUAGAGGGGGAAUAUCAGGAAGGAUGCAUGAAGCAUCCCAGCAUGACCAUAUCACUGCCUACUUCAGACCUGAUGACAUCAUUUUGUUCCAGGUAGCUUAUUAUUAUUUCCGCCUUAAGGAAGGAGAUCUAAAAACAGAAAGUCCUACUAAACAGAAAUAAGAUAUAGUUCUUUUGCAUAUACUGCAGUGAUGGCUGUUGCUGCAAGGAUAAGUCAUUUAACACCUGCUCAGCAGACUUAAGUUGGGAGGGCACGGGAAGGCUUUGAUCUGAAGAGCUGUUUUGAAAACUACCAGCGGAACGAAUGAAACAUAGCAGAGCUUUUCCUCGCAGGACGCGCCUUGACUUUCAUUCUUGCAAUGUCAGCUGAGGCCACCAGGUAGCAGCAAAGCACCGUGAAAACAGCAGAACUGACGGAGCAGAGCUCUGCGUUCCCCCGCCGAGGCAGCCCCCCUCGAACCCCCCCACCCCCGCAGCCCAACUGGCACCUCGCUCCGUGCAGCACAGUCGCUUGCUUCAUUCCUGUCUUACCAGCUUCUGUCUGGACAACGCAGGAACCUAGUCACUAGGAGUUCAGUAACCAUUAGGUUGGCUCUGAUGGGUUUGUAGCAGGAUAUAGGGUAAGAAAAUCUGUGCUAGCCUGAG